AUGGAGGUGUCUUCUGAGCUUUGCAGCAAGGGGUGUCCCCCCUGGCAGAUAAUCCUGCUCACAGCCUCCCUUUUAACCUGCUGGCUUUUGCCCACCACUGCUGGAAUCACCAUCAAAUCCUUACCACCCAAAGUGGUUGAAGGAGAAAAUGUUCUUCUACGUGUUGACAAUCUGCCAGAGAAUCUUCUAAUGUUUGCCUGGUACAGAGGGGUGAGAAAUUUGACACAUGCAAUUGCAUACUAUUCACUGCACCAUAGCGCAAGUGUGAAGGGGCUGACCCACAGAGGUAGAGAGACAUUGUACAGCAAUGGGUCCCUGUGGAUCCCAAAUGUCACCCAGAAGGACAUAGGAUUCUACACUUUUCAAACCAUAAGUAGACAUGGAGAAAUUGUAUCAAAUACAUCAAUGUUCCUUCUCGUGUACUCCUCUCUUUACAUCUGUGGGCGUCCUUAUCAACCUCCACAGCUCACUAUUGAAUCCGUGCCACCCAGUGUUGCUGAAGGGGGAAGUGUUCUUCUCCUUGUUCACAAUCUUCCAAAGGAUCGUCAAUCGCUUUUCUGGUACAAAGGGGUGGUUGUGUUUAACAAGGUUGAGAUUGCCCAACAUAGAACAUCCAAGAAUUCAUUUGAGCCAGGCCCUGCCCACAGUGGUAGAGAAAUUGUGUACAGAAAUGGAUCCCUGCUGCUCCAGAAUGUCACCUGGAAAGACACUGGAUUCUACACUCUACGAACUCUGAAUAGAUAUGAGAAUGUGGAAUUAGCACAUGUGCACCUUCAGGUGAACACCUCCCUUUCCUCAUGCUGUGACCCUCUCCCCUCUGCCCAACUCACGAUUGAUCCUGUGCCAUCGUAUGCUGCUGAAGGGGAAAGUGUUCUUCUUCAUGUCCAUAAUGUGCCAGAAGAUCUGCAAAUCUUUUCCUGGUACAAAGGAGUGUAUAGCACCCAGGACUUUAAAAUUGCAGAAUAUAGCAUAGCGACGAAGUCCAUCAUCAGGGGCCGAGCACACAGUGGAAGAGAGACAGGGUACACCAAUGGAUCCCUGCUGCUCCAGAAUGUCACUGUGGAAGACACGGGCUUCUACACACUAGCAGUGAUAGACAGCAACUUCAAAAUAGAAACAGCACACGUGCAAGUCAGCGUGAACAAGCUUGCAACACAGCCUGUCCUGAGAGUCACGGACAGCACAGUCAGAGUCCAGAGCUCAGUGGUGUUCACUUGCUUCUCAGACAACACUGGGAUCUCCAUUCGUUGGCUCUUCAAUAAUAAGAGUCUGCAGCUCACAGAGAGGAUGAUGCUGUCCCCAUCAAAGUGCCAACUCAGGAUACAUAGUGUCAGGAAGAAGGAUGUAGGAAAUUACCAAUGUGAGGCCUUCAACCCAAUCAGCUCAAAGACCAGUCUUCCUAUAAGCCUUGUUGUGGUGAAUAAAUGA